GUUGCAGGAAUGUUUGGAUUUGUUGGUUCUGUGUGGUGGUUUGAUAACGUGAACAUUGGGUUUUUGGAGUACUUGUGGGUUUUUUGGCUAUGGAUCAAGGUUGGAAAAGGUUACCCUUGCUAGUAGUCUUCCUGUUUUGGAGGAAUGCUGAUGGACUUAAAAGUAGCGCAUAUUCAGAUGCCCAUCGUGGGUGGGGUCAGCCUUCUGAUGCUCGUUCCCAUCAUGCAGUUCAGUCUUCCAUGUCAGAGGUCCAUGUGACUGGGACUUUGCCUGUUGAAGAAGUGGGCUCCAGUUUGUUCCCUGCUAAGCCCCUGAAAAGCAAGUCGAAAUGGAAUCUACCUCAGUUUGUCAAAGGUGGUUCCAGCAGCUAUCUAUCAAUGUCCCAUGCCCAAGCUGCUCCAAGCAGCUCUGUUUCCUUGCCUCUGUCCCGGAAUCAACAGUCUUCAAGCAGUUUGGCGUUCUCUGGAUCAACUGUUCCAGGUGUUGCUGGGGGACUACGUUUGGAGACCCAAUAUGCUGCAAGUGGUUCUGGACCAGUUUCUACCCUAAGAGAGAGUAGUAGCUAUCCUGCCCAGCUUGGUGUUUCUGGCCAAUCCACCAGUGAUGCUUUGCAUGUGUCAAGCUCCCAGGAAACCCAAAGUGCUUUCAGUCAGUCCACCAGUGUCUUGAGUUCCCAGAAGCAAUAUAGUGCUGCCUCCCAGGUCAGCUCUGGGGCUCACUUUGGGGCCUCUACUGGUUUGCUCCCACAGAGAAUGAGCAGCUCUUCCAGUGGUUCUGUCCAGUCUCCAGGUACCACAAGUCAGUUUGCCCUUGGGUCUUACCCAAAUGCUGUAAGUGUGUCACUGUCCUCCCCACAAGCUGGUCCAUCUACUGUUCCGGGUCCUCAGAAGCAGCUGACCUCUACCUACACUGGCAGCUCUGGCACCCAGGCAGGAUCCUCUACUCCCUUCACCCUGCAUGGAAGCCCUGCUUAUGGAUCACGUCAGCCUCAAGGUACCACAAGUCUGUCUGCCCCUGGGUCUCCAUCCUCAUAUGCAGGUUUAUCCCAUUCCUCACCCCAAGGUGUUGCCAGUCAAUCUAGUUCACAGAAGCGGCUUACCUCCAUCUACCAGGUCAGCUCUGGGGCUCAGCUUGGGGCCUCUACUGGUUUGUUCCCUCAGAGAAUGAGCAGCUCUUCCAGUGGUUCUGUCCAGUCUCCAGGUACCACAAGUCAGUUUGCCUUUGGGUCUUACCCAUAUGCUGCAAGUGUGUCACUGUCCUCCCCACAAUCUGGUCCGUCUACUGUUCCGGGUCCUCAGAAGCAGCUGACCUCUACCUACACUGGCAGCUCUGGCACCCAGGCAGGAUCCUCUACUCCCUUCACCCUGCAUGGAAGCCCUGCUUAUGGAUCACGUCAGCCUCAAGGUACCACAAGUCUGUCUGCCCCUGGGUCUCCAUCCUCAUAUGCAGGUUUAUCCCAGUCCUCACCCCAAGGUGUUGCCAGUCAAUUUAGUUCACAGAAGCGGCUUACCUCCAUCUACCAGGUCAGCUCUGGGGCUCAGGUUGGGGCCUCUACUGGUUUGCUCCCUCAGAGAAGGAGCAGCUCUUCCAGUGGUUCUGUCCAGUCUCCGGGUACCACAGGUCAGUUUGCCCUUGGGUCUUACCCAUAUGCUACAAGUGUGUCACUGUCCUCCCUACAAGCUGGUCCAUCUACUGUUCCGGGUCCUCAGAAGCAGCUGACCUCUACCUACUCUGGCACCCAGGCAGGAUCCUCUACUCCCUUCACCCUGCAUGGAAGCCCUGCUUAUGGAUCACGUCAGCCUCAAGGUACCACAAGUCUGUCUGCCCCUGGGUCUCCAUCCUCAUAUGCAGGUUUAUCCCAUUCCUCACCCCAAGGUGUUGCCAGUCAAUCUAGUUCACAGAAGCGGCUUACCUCCAUCUACCAGGUCAGCUCUGGGGCUCAGCUUGGGGCCUCUACUGGUUCGCUCCCUCAGAGAAUGAGCAGCUCUUCCAGUGGUUCUGUCCAGUCUCCAGGUACCACAAGUCAGUUUGCCUUUGGGUCUUACCCAUAUGCUGCAAGUGUGUCACUGUCCUCCCCACAAUCUGGUCCGUCUACUGUUCCGGGUCCUCAGAAGCAGCUGACCUCUACCUACACUGGCAGCUCUGGCACUCAGGCAGGAUCCUCUACUCCCUUCACCCUGCAUGGAAGCCCUGCUUAUGGUGAAUCGAGUCAACUUCAAGACAUGAGUCACUUUGCUGCUAGCAGUCCAUAUGGAAGCUUGUACUGCAAAUGUUCAUUGUCACCUCAAGGUGUAGACCAUCCCUCUACUGUUCAGAGUUCACAAAAGCAGUUUACCUCCAGCUAUGGAACCCAGUCAGGGUCUUCACCAUUUACCUUGCAAGGAAGUGUCACUUUUGAUGGCUCACAGCCUCAAGGUGUUGCCAGUCAAUCUGUUCAUGGCUCUCUGAAGCAGCUUCCAUCCACCUUCGUAGGCAGCUCUGGAACCCAGGCAGGGUCCUCUACUGCUAUCCUGCGGGGAGGCACUACUUAUGGUGGAUCAUCUAAGCCUUAAGAUACAAGUGAAUUUGUUCCUGGCUCUCAGUCCUCUUAUGCAAGUGUAUCAUGGUCUUCACCUCAAGCUGUUGCUGGUUCUGGU